AUGAGAUCUGGAAUUGUUGGAAUAUAUGAUAUUGGCUACUUUUCAUCAAAUUAUCAAUCUUUUGACACAAUCUUAUCUCUUGAUGAAGCUCAUAAAUUUGAUGGAUUCAUUGAUCCAGUCAAAGUAUCAACAACGUCAAAUUCGAUUUAUGGUCCUAACUCAUACAGAAAUUCACCAUUUAGCACACUUGCUAUAACUUAUGAACAAGAUGAUAAAUAUAAUCAUUUCCUUUACUUCAAUGAUGAAAAAAGUCUCAUGAAAUGCGACCACUCUCCAAUUUUGAAACUUAUUCAUUUCGACAAAACAUUUGUCAUCAAAUCAGUUUCGGAUUAUUACAGUGAUACAAUCUAUCAUCUGAAAAUGGACAAAAAUUGUGAUACAGUCGAUUUACUUUUUAAUCAAUACGGCAACCGUUUCACAGUUGAUCCACUCCACUACAAACCAAAUAAGAUGUAUUGCAUUGCAACAUUAACUAGCGAAGAGAGCUCAAUUACGUUAAAGAAGUAUGAUUAUUCCGAUUCAACUUACAGCUUGCUUUUCUCUAAAUCAUUUAACAUGGAAGAAUCAUUUGAGAUAAGUUCAACAACAUAUAAACAAAAGUUCUAUUCAAUGAUAAAGAUCAUUACUAGUGGUGAUUGCUAUUUCCCUUAUUGUGAAGUUUUAUUUGGGCAAAAGGACAGUUCAUUACAACCAAAAAUAUAUCAUAUUGAUGGAUUCAAUCAUUUAUUUGAAGGAAAAUCUCUUGUUCGUCAGCUUUUUGUUUCACAAUUAGGAUAUAACUCAUUUGAUCUGAAGAAUUAUGAAGUGACAACAAUCAAAUUUGCCAAAUUGGAUAAAUUUAACACAUUUGUUAUCUUUCAUUCAAUACAAUACAUUAAUGAAUCAUCAAGUAAAACCAUUUCAAUUAGUAUUACAAAUCCUGGAUUUAUCUCGGUUUUCAGUGGGGAAUACAACAUCGAAUUCACAGUUUUUCAAUUAGCUAAAGAUUGUAUAGUUCAUUACACUAUAAAUUAUUUCAGUGAAUUAUUUUUCACAAACGCAAAUACAAAGGAAAAUAGUAAAUACUGUAUCAUCCAUUUGGGAACAGGUGAAAUGACAUCAGUUUUAUUCAAAGACCCAAAGACAUCUAAUUUGAAUUCAUUUUCAUAUUAUGAUUCGUUUUCAAUGGGAUCGAAUCCUGUUAUUAUUAAAGAUGUUUUCACAACACUAAAUGACAAAAAAUCAUUCAUUAUUGAGUAUAAAGUUGGUGAAGGCAAUCCAUAUGGUCAUGUUGGUAUUUCAAGCACAACACAAAGAUAUGUUUCUGGUAAAUUUGAUUUUCCAGGAAAGGACAAGGAAACAGAAUCAAUACUAAAUCAAAAUGAAACAAACCAAAGCAAUGAUGAAACAGAAACAAAUGAUAGAAUAUCGAAACCUGGUAUUUUCUUUUCAUCGAAAUUCGGCAGAAAUACAGCAAAAGUUUCGAAAAAUGAUGUGAUAACUGUUAUCACUCCUGUUUCAUCCGGUAAAAAUUACAAAAUUAGGGAGAGAAACAUAAGAUUUACUGAGCAUUUCCAAAAUAAUACCUAA